AUGUUGACUUUUUGUUAUUUUCGCUGCUCAUAUAGCACGCUGCAGUCUGGAUCACCUAAAAUCAUAUAUUACUAUUUUAGGAACACAUAUGAAAGGGGGAAGAAAGUUGCGAAUUUUUCUGGUUUAAAUUUUGUCAAUCAACGAACAUACUAUGAUGUUCAGCGAUCACUGAUAAUCCCAACUGUAAACGACCAUUUCGUGAAAAAUAUUGCCAGUGCAAGAGAGGAUAGUCGGGGAGAGAAUGAAGCAUGUCUUGGCGAUGGCAGAUUUGACUCACCUGGUAAAUCUGCCAAGUAUUGCACAUAUAGUUUACAAUCGUCAGCGUCUAACAAAAUUGUUGCGACAACCACAAUCCAAACAACAACCGGUAAAGGUUCGGCGCCCUUGGAGUUACAAGGCUUCAAAAAUUGCCUUGAGCAGUUAAGGUCCGAUAACUAUCCUGUAGGAAGAGUUGCCACGGACCGAAACAGGCAAAUCGCUAAAUGGAUACGUGAAAACAGGUUAGAUAUCAUGCAUCGGUAUGAUCCAUGGCAUUUUGCUAAGAACAUCAAAGCCAAACUUAGACCAUUAGUAAAACGAAAAGAUAGGCGAAUAUUACAGGAUUGGAUCAAACCAAUAGGAAAUCAUCUUUUCUGGUGUGCCGAAAACUGCCAAGGUGACCCAGAGCUGCUGGUGCAAAUGUGGAAGUCGAUACUUCAACAUGUUACGAAUAAACAUAAUUUCGCGAAGCAAUAUCCCAAGUAUCCCAGGUGCCGACACGAAGCCUAUUCUAGUGCUGAGGCACGAAAGAAGAAGUGGAUUGAGAAACAUUCGCCAGCGUAUAAUGCAUUGGAAGAAAUCGUCCUUGAUAAAAAAAACUUGAAGGAUAUGGAACUUCUUUGCGAACCAUACCACACAGGGGGCGUGGAAGUUUUUCACUCACUGAUAACAGCGUACGCACCAAAACGGCAACAUUUCGAGUUGAAUGUGAUGAACGCCCGAGUGAAGUUGGCUAUCUUGGACCAUAACAAUAACGUUGGUCGAAAGCAGGCUGUUGUAAAAUGCGCGCGUAAAGGGAGUCAGAAGGUCGGUGAAAAAAAGUGGAAGUUUGUCUCAAGCAAAUUGAAUAAAGAGUGGGUCGCGAAACCUGUGAAAGAACCCAAGUCUUUCAGUUUUGUUGAUGCGAUAAUGAAUGACAUAAUUGAAAGAAAGGAGAGUGGGGUAAAGGUAAAGAUCUGUGGUAAAGAAGUUGUAAACAAGCUUAAACCUCCUUGCGACCACGUAACAUUGCCCACACGGCCAGACCUGACACUUCGAAAAUUUUAG